AUGGCGAUCAUGAACAAGCAGCAAAUCAAAAAGGAAGUCGACCGGGCGAGCCGAAACGGCGGCAACCCGGCGCAGUUGCUCACGGAGACUGAGCGGAGUUUCUACCUUGCGCCCUGGAUUCUGACCCUCCCACAAGAUGCCGACUCCUUCCACGACAGGAAGUGGUGGGGGCCGCGUUGCCUUCUCUGCCGGCAGCCAAACGGCUGGGACGCGGAGGGCGUCGCGCUGCUGUCCGCCUUCAAGCACUGGGACACCGCGCACGCGCGCGCAGACGGCAAACGAAACAAGUGCAAAAGGCGGCACUUUGCCAGGAGCGCCAACGAGACCGCGAGCGGCAGCGUGGAGACGAUGAAUGACUUGCUGCAGAUCCGGGCGGAGGUUUUGGCGCUGGAUCAGGAGUUUGUGGGCGCAGAGGGUGAAAAUAGUAUCCUGGGUCAUCCCGACAACCAGCUCCUCCACCCUUUCUUCCACAACUACCAAGUGCCGGACAGAGCUGCGUUCUUGGAUAUCGCCGACGAUUUGUCCGCCACGACGUGCCGGUCUUUUGCGUCGAUCCGGACGCGCUUGACCCGAAACGAGCCGGCCGACGGUGCCCAGUGGAAUCAGCAGGAGAAGCUCGAGGAAGAGAAACGGUUCGCGAGGAUUCUGCUGCGGCUCCGACCCUGGACGACAGAUAUGGUGGACGAGGAAUACGACGAAGAACCCGGCGAAGAAGAGGAGCAAUUCGAGCUACUGCAUAUGAACAAUGGGCCCCGUGGUGGCAAUGAUAGCGCACAGGAUGAAGACAUAGAUGCACACUAUGAAGAAGAGGAGGAGCCGGAUGAUGAAUUCAACGAGGACAUCGACCUCCGAUCCGUUCCGAUGACGCCCAGCUCCAGCGGCAUCCGCAGCGCGGGCGCUAUGUCUGCUGCAAUGCUCCGUGCGGGAAUCUCGUCGGUCGCUUCGUCGGUCCGUGCGGGAAUCUCGUCUGUUUCGAGUUUCUAUCAGCAAGCGCCAGCAAAUCCGUUUAUGGUGAACAGCAACGAAGAGACCUUCUCUGCUGCUUCCACGUCCUCGAGUAAGCCGCCGGGAUACUACAUGCGCAACCAGCAACAACCGCGCCGAGAGGUGCACUACGGAUCAGUAAACUUGAGGCAAGCGGGAAGUGGCGCACCUUCAUCCUCUAGAGGGAAUGAAAAUGCGAACAAUAGAACCAGCGCCAACAGCCGCAAUAACGUCGCGUCCUCAUCUUCCUCCUACCGGCGCCCCCGGUCCCGUUCCCGUUCCCUAGAGGAGCGACGGGGCGGCAAGGGCAAGAACCGAGGGGGCAGAAAUUACGGAGUGAACAACCCCGGUGGUCCUGGGGCCUCGUCGAGUAAUCGUGGAGGUGGUCCUGUGCGCCCCCGGUAGAUUGUUAUUCGGUCAAGUUGAACUAGAAUUCAGAUUCACGCAGACUUCUUUUUUUUCAAACAGUCAAGCGAAAGUGAUAGAUGAAUAUUCUUCCCGUUCCGCUUCCGACGACACGUACGUAUUGCAAGAGACAGUGAUCCCUUCCUGGCACAACUAUCUAAUGCGACCAUUUCCGAUCUGUACAUUGUGUAUCGCUCCAGAAUGAAU